AUGGCGGAUCGAGCUAAAGAAUUGAUUCUUCAGUUCGCGCCAUUGCAGAGUUCAGUUGACGAGGGUUUUUGGCACAGCUUAUCAUCGUUGAAGCUCAACAAUCUGGGAAUCAAUGAAUCUCCUAUUCCUAUCACGGGUUUUUACGCGCCUUGCUCACAUCAUCAAAUAUCAAAUCAUUUGGCCCUUCUUGCUGAAUCAUUACCACUUGAAUCUAGUGAACAAUCAUUUACACCGGAAAUAACUCGUGGGAACCGGAAUAGAUGUCCUGUCCCCGGCAUUCUUUACAAUACGAACACGUUGGAAGGAUUCCAGGCUCUCGACAAGCAGAGUCUACUAAAGGAAGAAGCCAAAAAGAUUUGGGAGGAUAUUGUUUCGGGCGAAGUUGAGGAUAACAGCAGUCUUCUUUUGAGAUUCCUUGUUGUUUCAUUUGCCGACUUGAAAAAGUGGAGCUUUCAUUACUGGUUUGCUUUCCCAGCUUUGAUUCUUGAUCCUCCAGCCACUGUGACUGAGCUGAAGCCAGCCGCUCAGUGGUUUAGCACGGAAGAGGCAAAGUCUGUAAUAGCUGCCUGUAAUGAUUGGCGUAACUUGGGCUCAACAACAGAUAUUCCAUUCUUCCUGUUGUCUAUUUCGUCAAAUUCGGCUGUGACUAUUAAGCAUCUGGGUGAGUUCGAAGCAUGCCAAAGGGACGGUCAUAAGGUCCUUUUUGGAUUCUAUGACCCCUGUCACCUUCCAAAUAAUCCCGGUUGGCCUUUACGAAACUUCCUGUGGUAUAUUUUUAAAAAAUGGGGCUUUCAAAAGAUUUCCUUUUUCUGCUACCGCGAAAACCGUGGUUUUGCGGAUCUUGAGUUAUCCUUGGUGGGCGAAGCUUCAAUAUUAAUAUCGCAAGAGUUAAGAAAUCAUCAGAGUAUGCCAAAUGCUGUUGGUUGGGAACUUAAUAACAGAGGAAAAAAGGCACCAAGGUGUAUCAGCCUAGCCAAGACAAUGGAUCCCUCUAAGUUAGCAAUUGAGGCAGCAGAUUUGAACUUAAAGCUAAUGAGGUGGCGGCAAUUGCCUUCAUUAAAUCUCAACAUUCUAUCAUCCACGAGAUGUCUUCUUUUGGGAGCUGGUACACUUGGAUGCCAGGUCGCUCGAAUGCUCAUGGCGUGGGGCGUUCGAAAGAUUACACUUCUUGAUAGUGGCAAAGUGUCCAUGUCUAAUCCAUUGCGGCAGUCUCUGUAUACCUUGGAUGAUUGUCUGAAUGGUGGUGAACUUAAGGCCAUAGCAGCUGUUAAUAGCCUGAGAAAAAUAUUUCCGGCAGUGGAAGCUGAAUCUGUUGUAAUGGCCAUUCCAAUGCCUGGGCACCCUGUGACGAGCCAAGAAGAGAAAAACGUGCUUGAUGACUGUUUGCACUUGUGUGAUCUGAUCGACUCUCAUGAUGCAAUUUUUUUGUUGACCGACACAAGGGAAAGCAGAUGGCUUCCAACUCUAUUAUGUGCCAAUUCCAACAAGAUAACCAUAACUGCUGCGCUAGGGUUUGAUAGCUUUCUAGUUAUGCGCCACGGAGCCGGUCCACUGAACUCUUGUCACGAAACGAAAUCCAAAGGUCCAAAUGAUUCAUCUGUUGAAUUUUGGAAUUUAUCUCUCGUGGACAACAGUUCAGACCCGCGAUUGGGUUGUUACUUUUGCAAUGAUGUUGUAGCUCCUGUUGAUUCAACUAGUAACCGUACAUUAGACCAGCAAUGCACUGUAACACGUCCAGGGCUUGCUCCUAUUGCAUCAUCACUUGCCGUUGAGCUUCUUGUAGGAAUCUUGCAUAAUCCUUCCGGGAUAUUGGCGAAAGCCGAAUCUUCUAGCUCGAGUGAUUUUAGCAACGACGAGCAACCUCUUGGUAUUUUACCUCAUCAAGUCCGGGGAGCUCUCUCUCAGUUUUCUCAGAUGACACUCGUGGGCCAUGCCUCGACGAGCUGCACCGCCUGUAGCUCAACUGUGGUAACGGAAUAUCGAAGGAAGGGACUCGAUUUCGUACUUGAAGCCAUUAACCAUCCGACUUACCUUGAGGACCUAACCGGGCUAACUGACCUGAUGAAUUCUGCAGGCUCGUUUGAUCUCGACUGGGAUGAUGAGGCUGACGAGUGUGUCGAAAUUUGA